AUGAGCCAACACGAGCAGAAGGACGAAAAGAAGGCCAAGGGUGGUGGCGACGGCCACCUGAGCCUGGUGGUGCUGGGUGCGUCUGGGGACCUCGCCAAAAAGAUGGUGUUCCCCGCGCUCUUUGCACUCUACAAGCAGGACCUCCUGCCCAAGUCGCUCGUCGUCGUGGGCCACGCUCGCUCCGAGCUCGACGAUGCCGAGUUCAAGAAGAAGAUCAGCGAGAAGUUCAGCAUCGACGAAGACAACAAGGAUGCAGAGGAGAAGAAGCGAAAAGAGUUCCUGGACAGGUGCGUGUACCACCGGGGCAAGUACGACGAGGCCGAGUCGUUUGCCGAUCUCGACAAGCUGCUCCAGGAGUACGAGGAGAAGGCGGGCGACGGCGCCAACCGGUUGUUCUACCUCGCAAUCCCGCCCUCCGUCUACGCCGAUGCGGCCAAGGCCAUUCGCGAAAAGGGGCUGAGCAAGAAGGGCUGGAAUCGCUUCGUGCUGGAGAAGCCGUUCGGACGCGAUGCCGAGUCCUCGGCCGAGCUGAGCCGUAAGCUGAGCAAGCUUUUCGACGAGGAGGAGGUUUAUAGGAUCGAUCACUACCUCGGCAAGGAGAUGGUGCAGAACCUGCUCGUGCUUCGGUUUGCCAACGAGGUCUUCGAGCCCGUGUGGAACAAGGACCACAUCGCCAACGUGCGCAUCACCCUCGAGGAGGACUUUGGCGCGGAAGGCCGGGGCGGUUACUUCGACGAGAAAGAAGAGAGCGUAACACUCACACGCGGCGAUGAUGACACUCGGCUUCAGUUUGGAAUCAUCAGGGACGUCAUGCAGAACCACUUGAUCCAGGUGCUCGCCCUGGUGGCCAUGGAACCUCCCAAGUCGCUUGGCGCCUCCGACAUUCAGGAUGCCAAGACUAAGGUCCUGAAGAGCAUCGCGCCCAUCAAGCCUGACGACAUUCUCAUCGGCCAGUACACCGCCUCCGACGACCAAGGCGAGAAGAAGAAGGGCUACACCGACGACCCGUCCAUUCCCAACAAGCAUUCCCUCACCCCCACUUUCGCCGUGACCGAGCUCCGCGUUAACAACGACAGGUGGGAAGGCACGCCGUUCAUCAUCAAAAGCGGCAAGGCGCUCAACGACCACAAGUCAGCCGUCUACCUCAAGAUGCUCACCAAGAAGCCCGGGUUGACGGAGGAGCAAGCCCUGAUCGAGCUGGACCUGACGUACAAGUCGCGCUUUGCGGCUGAGGGCAAGGCGCCGCGGAUCCCGGGCGCGUACGAGCGCCUGGUGCUCGAUGUGAUCAAGGGCGACCACCGGCUUUUCGUGCGAGACGACGAGCUUGCUGCCGCGUGGGACAUCUUUACGCCAAUCUUGCAUCAUCUCGAAGACCAGAAGGUGGAGCCCAUCCCCUACGCCUACGGCUCGCGUGGACCUGCAGAGGCGGACGAGUUCAUCCGAGCGCGCGGCUUCCGACUGACGCCGGGCUACCAGUGGCCCAAGACUUCUGCCUUGUGA